AUGGCCGACACUCCCGUUACUCUGCGGACUCGCAAGUUCAUUCGCAACCCUCUGCUCGGUCGUAAGCAGAUGGUCGUGGAUGUCCUCCACCCCAACCGCCCCAACGUCUCCAAGGAUGAGCUCCGCGAGAAGUUGGCCGACCUGUACAAGGCCAACAAGGACCAGGUCUCCGUGUUCGGGUUCCGCACACAGUACGGUGGUGGCAAGUCCACUGGCUUCGCUCUGGUCUACGACUCCGCCGAGGCCCUGAAGAAGUUCGAGCCCCACUACCGUCUGGUUCGCAUCGGCUUCGCCGACAAGAUCGAGAAGCCUUCCCGCCAGCAGCGCAAGCAACGCAAGAACCGCUCCAAGAAGUUCCGCGGUACUGCCAAGACCAAGGGCCCCAAGAAGUCCAAGGACUAA